AUGGCAGGAAACAACAUUGUGUGGCAGCCCCAGGUGGUGGAGGACAUGCUGCGAUACUUCAAAGAGAAGAUACAAGCUGAGGGGAGACAACUGGUUUUUCGUGAGGUUGUCAGGAUGCAGAACGACAAAGAUCCAAGGGCGAAGUUUAUAAACGUCCCCAUCCAUUGCUAUGAUGAGAUGGAAUUCAUUUUUCAAGACAAGCAUGAAACUGGGGAGUUCACCGUUCUACAAGCACCAUACGAUCUUCCUUCCACUCAGGAUGGAGAUUUAAUUGGUGAUAAGAAUGUGAAUCAAGGUGAGGAUGUUGACCCAGGUUUGCAAUAUGAUUCAGAUUGCUUGGCUGAAGAGGAUGGCAAUAAUGGGGGAAGCACAUCUAGUAAGAGUCUUGCUACUAGCAAGCCUGAAAAGUGA